UUUACCCUAGAUACGCUCGUCCAUAUAGAAGUGCGUCGCGACGCGGCCGCCAGUUUCGUCCAGCUAGCAUCCUGAAAUCACCUACACCUUCGCUAUGCAGUUCUUCAUUUUAUUGUUAGCCGUGGCGCCUAUUUAUGCUGCCGGAAAUCCUUUAGGAGAAGAUCAUCAAUAUGUUAGUUCUGGUCAUAUUCGCGAGAAGAGGCAACCUCAGAACUACGCUCACAAUCAGUUGAAUCAGGGCUCGACAGCUCACAUACAGCAAUUGCUGCAGGCUCAAAAUGUGCGGCCGCCACUGGUCAAUAUCCCGCCGCAGCAAAUUCCGAAGUUGGGCCCGUCUCAGCCGAUCAAGCCGCAGUAUCUGAAUCAGGCGCAGGUCUCGCAGUACCGACCGCAGGUGUCGAUCGGGAACGGGGCCCAGCAGCCGAACUACAAGAAACCGAUCGUCCCCCAGCAACCGCAGUACCGUCCCCCCCAACCGGCUAAUUAUCCCCAGCAGCAGCAGAUAAGACCGAAUUACAACGUGCCGCAACAGCCGCAACAGCCGCAAUACUCGUCGAAAUUGCCGCCGCACGUUCAACAACUGCUACAAUUCCAGAAGAGUCUGACUAAUUAAUCGGAAUUCUAAGCGCGGAGCAUAGAGCAAAAAGCGUAGAUUAAAGCUGUCCCACGGUGUGAUAUUUGCAAAAGUG